CUGAUAUAAACUUCAGACGGAGGAAGUUCAGCGCGUACAUAGAUGUUGAUACAGAGCCAGCAUUAAAGAGCGAAAGUGGAUCUGAGUUGAGCAGCAUGAGUCAGUGUGAGGACAGAGAGGAGGGAGUCCCUCCCUCUAAAAGCACUCUGUGUGGGGAACAUGACAGCCAGACCAGGACCUAUGGGAGACCAGACUUCGCUGGACCUGGACCUGGACCUGAGCCCAGCUGUGUGUCCUUCAAGAGUGACUUGUCAACGGAACGCUUCAUUGAUUUUAAACAAGGACUUGUAUCUGACAGACGGACCUAUGGGAGACCAGACUUCGCUGGACCUGGACCUGGACCUGAGCCCAGCUGUGUGUCCUUCAAGAGUGACUUGUCAACGGAACGCUUCAUUGAUUUUAAACAAGGACUUGUAUCUGACAGACGGACCUAUGGGAGACCAGACUUCGCUGGACCUGAGCCCAGCUGUGUGUCCUUCAAGAGUGACUUGUCAACGGAACGCUUCAUUGAUUUUAAACGAGGACUUGUAUCUGACAGACUGAGAUAUGGGAGACCAGACUCUGCUGGACCUGGAUCUUGUCUUGGACCUAAACCUGGACUCACCUGUGUGUCCUUCAAUAGUGGUUGUUCGAAUGAGCGCUUCAUUGAUUUUAAAAGACGACUCCCCUCUGCUGCAAUGAGGACCUAUGGGAGACCAGACUCUGCUGUACCUGGCCUUGAACCUGAACCCAGCUGCGUGUCCUUCAAGAGCGAUUGGUCAAAUGAACGCUUCAUUGAUUUUAAAGGGCGUCAACUCUCUGCUGCAAAGAGGAGGAAGCCGGAAAAACCAGAACCCAGCUGUGUGUCCAUGAAGAGUGACUGGUCAAAUGAACGCUUCAUUGAUUUUAGAACACGACAGCGCUCUACUGCAAAGAGAGUUUACCAGGAGAGUUCAGAGGUUCCCAUUGGUCAGUCUGUCCAGCAGCAUCAAACACACCUGGACUCCAUAUUUAUGCUGCUGGAGGAGAAAAUGAAAACCUUUAUGAAUAAUGAAUUGAAGAAGAUCAAGAAUGUUCUGAGUUCAGAUUACCCAGAAUGCUUAGAGAGUCAGAGUGAGGAUGAGGAGGUGUUGGGUGUUGAGAAUCAAGAGCAGAGAAGGAGCAGCAGAGAGACAUUUCUGAAGCUCACACUGCACUUCCUGAAGACAAUGAAGCAGGAGGGGCUGGCUGAGCGUCUGCAGAGCAGAACUCCCUCUUCAGUUUGUCAGCCUAAACUUAAAUCUAACCUGAAGGAGAAGUUCCAGUGUGUGUUUGAGGGGAUUGCUAAAGCAGGAAACCCAACCCUUCUGAACCAGAUCUACACAGAGCUCUACAUCACAGAGGGAGGGACUGCAGAGGUCAAUGAUGAACAUGAGGUCAGACAGAUUGAAACAGCAUCCAGGAAACCAGACAGACCAGAAACAACCAUCAGACAAGAAGACAUCUUUAAACCCUCACCUGGAAAAGAUCGACCAAUCAGAACAGUGAUGACAAAGGGAGUGGCUGGCAUUGGGAAAACAGUCUUAACACAGAAGUUCACUCUGGACUGGGCUGAAGACAAAGCCAACCAGGACAUACAGUUCACAUUUCCAUUCACUUUCAGAGAGCUGAAUGUGCUGAAAGAGGAAAAGUACAGCUUGGUGGAACUUGUUCAUCUCUUCUUUCCUGAAACCAAAGCAGCAGGAAUCUGCAGGUUUGAAGAGUUCCAGGUUGUGUUCAUCUUUGACGGUCUGGAUGAGUGUCGACUUCCUCUGGACUUCCACAACACUAAAAUCCUGACUGAUGUUACAGAGUCCACCUCAGUGGAUGUGCUGCUGACAAACCUCAUCAGGGGGAACCUGCUUCCCUCUGCUCGCCUCUGGAUAACCACACGNCCUGCAGCAGCCAAUCAGAUCCCUCCUGGGUGUGUUGACAUGGUGACAGAGGUCAGAGGGUUCAAUGACCCACAGAAGGAGGAGUACUUCAGGAAGAGGUUCAGAGAGGAGGAGCAGGCCAGCAGAAUCAUCUCCCACAUCAAGACAUCACGAAGCCUCCACAUCAUGUGCCACAUCCCAGUCUUCUGCUGGAUCACUGCUACAGUUCUGGAGGAGGUGUUGAAGACCAAAAGGAGAGGAGAGCUGCCCAAGACCCUGACUGAGAUGUACAUCCACUUCCUGGUGGUUCAGUCCAAAGUGAAGAAUGUAAAAUAUAAUGGAGGAGCUGAGACAGAUUCAACCUGGAGUCCAGAGAGCAGGAAGAUGAUUGAGUCUCUGGGAAAACUGGCUUUUGAGCAGCUGCAGAAAGGCAACCUGAUCUUCUAUGAAUCAGACCUGACAGAGUGUGGCAUCGAUAUCAGAGCAGCCUCAGUGUACUCAGGAGUGUUCACACAGAUCUUUAAAGAGGAGAGAGGGCUGUACCAGGACAAGGUCUUCUGCUUCGUCCAUCUGAGCGUUCAGGAGUUUCUGGCUGCUCUUCAUGUCCAUCUGACCUUCAUCAACUCUGGUGUCAAUCUGCUGGCAGAAGAACAAUCAACCUCACAGAAGUCUGAAACAAGAAAAGAUGAAUCUGCAGUGACACAGUUCUACCAGAGUGCUGUGGACCAGGCCUUACAGAGUCCAAAUGGACAUCUGGACUUGUUCCUCCGCUUCCUCCUGGGACUUUCACUGCAGACCAAUCAGACUCUCCUACGAGGCCUGCUGACACAGACAGGAAGUAGCUCAGAAACCAAUCAGGUAACAGUCAAGUACAUUAAGAAGAAGAUUGAAGAGACUCCCUCUGCAGAGAGAAGCAUCAAUCUGUUCCACUGUCUGAAUGAACUGAAGGAUCGUUCUCUAGUGGAGCAGAUCCAACAGUACCUCAGUUCAGGAAGUCUCUCCACAGAUAAACUCUCUCCUGGUCAGUGGUCAGCUCUGGUCUUCAUCUUACUGUCUUCAGAAAAAGAUCUGGAUGUGUUUGACCUGAAGAAAUACUCUGCUUCAGAGGAGGCUCUUCUGAGGCUGCUGCCAGUGGUCAGAGCCUCCAAGAAAGCUGUACUGAGUGGUUUUAACAUCUCAGAAAGGAGUAUUGAAGCUCUGUCCUCAGUUCUCAGCUCCCAGUCCUCCAGUCUGAGAGAGCUGGACCUGAGUAACAACAACCUGCAGGAUUCAGGAGUGAAGCUUCUGUGUGCUGCAGUGGAAAGUCCACAUUGUACACUGGAAACUCUCAGACUGAUUAGCUGUAACAUCUCAGACAGGAGUCUUGAAGCUCUGGUCCCAGUUCUCAGCUCCCAGUCCUCUAGUCUGAAAGAACUGGACCUGAGUAACAACAACCUGCAGGAUUCUGGAGUGAAGCUGCUGUCUGCGGCAUUGGGAAGUCCACAUUGUACUCUGGAAACUCUCAGUCUGUCAGGCUGUCUGAUCACAGAGGAAGGUUGUGCUUCUCUGGCCUCAGCUCUGAGCUCCAACCCCUCCCAUCUGAGAGAGCUGGACCUGAGCUACAAUCAUCCAAGAGACUCAGGAGUGAAGCUACUGUCUACUGGACUGGAAAGUCCUCACUGGAGACUAAAUACUCUAAAGUUGGAUCCUGGUGGAGUCCGAUGGUUGAGACCAGGUCUGAAGAAGUAUUCCUGUGAACUCACACUUGAUUUAAACACAGUAAACAGAGAGAUCAAACUCUCUGACAACAAUAGGAAGGCGAUGUGUGUGGAUGAGGAUGAGUCAUAUCCUGAUCAUCCAGACAGAUUUGACCAGUGUCCUCAGCUGCUUUGUACAAAUGGUCUGACUGGUCGCUGUUACUGGGAGGUUGAGUGGAGAGGAAGUAUUGAAAUAUCAGUGAGUUACAGAGGAAUCAGAAGGAAAGGAAACCGAGAAGACUGUGAGUUUGGAGGGAGUGAUCAGUCCUGGAGUCUGAGCUGCUCUGAUGAUGAUGGUUACUCUGUCUGUCACAAUAACACAACAACAACCAUCUCCUCCUCCUCCGUCUCUUACAGAGUAGCAGUGUAUGUGGACUGUCCUACUGGAACUCUGUCCUUUUACAGAGUCUCCUCUGACACACUGAUCCACCUCCACACCUUCAACACCACAUUCACUGAACCUCUUUAUCCUGGCUUUGGGCUCUGGGACAGGCAUGAUUCCUCAGUGUCUCUGUAAGAGGGAGAAUCUCCUGUUAGAGAAAAGAUCAGUUGAGUCUGUACAGGAUCACAGUUACAGAAAUCUUUCAAGUUCUUGUAAUAAAUUUAUCAAUGAACUUUGGACAAAGUGAUUUAAAGUGAUUCAACAGAUUUCCUUUGUAAACUUCUUACACUUCCAGUCCUUCAAAGAUGCAAACUCCAGUCAUUAAAUGGUGGAAAUGCUG